AUGUCGGAACCUAUCAGAGCAACGACCAAAGUUCUAGUUGAGGAACCUUAUGAGUGUAUUGAGACGUUCAGAAUCAUAGAUGCCGAAGAAACACCAGAUACGAAGACAAAAGUAGAGGAAAUGGAGGAACUCGAACAGAGGAUAAUUAGAAUUAAUUCGACGAUCAAGAGGGAAAACCGAGAAUGGAGUCAGUUGCUGACCACCAUAAGAGGAGAUAGAUUGAAAGAAGAAAAGGAGAAGUAUGAAAGGUUUCUUAGAAAGGUGAAAUUGCAGUCGACAGGAUUUCCACUCGUUUACAUAGAAUGA